AUGAGCGCUUACGAGAAAAUGAAAGACGAGCCGACACCGAGGUGUAUUCCUUGGACAAAACGGAGGGUGACCAUCUUGGCUAUCGUCUGCAGCAUCAACGUUCUGCUCGGUUCACGCUACUCUAUCUUGGCACCUUUUUUUCCUCAUGAGGCAGCACGAAGAGGCAACACGGCAACUCAGUACGGCUUCGUAUUCGGCAUCUAUGCCGUAACAUCAUUCCUCACUGCACCACUUUUUGGCAAAUUGCUGUCUUGCAAUGUCCCAGCAAAGGGAAUGUAUUGCGUCGGUGUCUUCGUCGAUGCUCUCAGUUGCUGUUUCAUGGGGCUCCUCGAGUUCUGCCCAAUGGGCAACACGUUCUUCGUCAUGGCUCUCCUCAUUCGUGCGGUCAUGGCAUUGGGCUUCACGGCGUCGUACACAUGCGCUUGCGCCAUCGUGGCGGCGGAGUUUCCCGAAAACGCGGUCGUCUUCAUUCCUCUUCUGGAAACAACAUUGGGAUUGGGCAUCAUCGUCGGACCCACUGUGGGAGGGAUGCUGUACGAGAUAGGGGGAUACAUGUUGCCCUUUGUUGCCAUGGGAAGCACCCAGAUAUUGGCCGCCGUGGUAGCCACAAUUUAUCUGCCACAAAUUGAGAAACCGGAAGAGGCCGACACGGUGAACAUGAAGGAUGUCUUAGACGGGAGAGUCUUCGUCGACCUGUUGGUUACCAUAGCUUCUUUCUACACCAUGGGUUUCAAUGACGAGACCUUAGCCGUACAUUUGCAGCAGCGUGAUCCUCGAUGUGUGGCUCUCCUGGCACCAGCUAUGCUGCUUCCUUGUUACGCCAUUAUUGGUCCCCUGCCCUUCAUCCCUUUCCACGCAACCCUUCCUCUGGUGUGCAUUAGCCAAGCACUCGUCGGAGCGGGUAUGGCAGCAUACUUCAUGCCUGCAUUUGUUCAUUCCCUACAGCAAGCUGUGGAAGUCAAGAAGUUGCCCAGCAACGUCGCCACGUUCGGCCUUCUUUCUGGUCUCUUCACAUCAGCAGUCUGUUUUGGCUGCUUCAUCGGACCAAUAGCAGCUGGUGUACUGGUGGACCACGUUGGAUUCCGCUGGGCCACACUCUUCACCUUCAAUGUCCACAUCGUUGUGUGUAUAGUCCUCGUCGCCGCCAUACUCUAUGACAGGUUCUUUGUCAAAGACGAUUGCGAGCUGGAGCCUCUGGUCGAGCGAUCAGAUAGUCUUCCCGACUACAGCGAUCUGUACGGCGAAAAGACGUCUGGGAUGCCACAGUGA